AUGACAACAACUUCUCAAAUGAUCAAUGUCAACUCAACUGUUUCAACUAUUUCAGAAGAGACACUAACUGAUAAAUUAGUUACCGGAACUACCACAAAAUCAGAAGAAAAUUUUUGGGAAACGACAACAACUCAGGAUAUUAGCCUUACUAAAGCCGAUGUUCCAACCGAAACGCCAGUUCCCGAGGCUACUACGGAAUCAGAAACAGAUGUUCCAGAGACUACUACUACGAAAUCAGAUAUAAAGCCCACUGAAACUACUGAAACUACUGAACCUACUGAUGCUACUACUUCAGAAGAAAAUAUUCCCACAGAGACUACUACAGAAUCAGAAAAAAAUGAAAAUAAAAUUACUCCCGAAGCUACUACAGGAUCAGAAACAGAUGCUACUACGGAAUCAGAAAAGAAUAAAAAUAAAAUUGUUCCCGAAGCUACUACAGGAUCAGAAACAGAUACUACUACGGAAUCAGAAAAGAAUAAAAAUAAAAUUGUUCCCGAAGCUACUACAGGAUCAGAAACAGGUGUUCCCGAAGCUACUACAGGAUCAGAAACAGGCGUUCCAGAGACUACUACUACGGAACCAGAUACAAAGUCCACUGAAACUACUGAACCUACUGAUGCUGUUACAACUACUACUUCAGAAGAAAAUAUUCCCGCAGAGGCUACUACGGAAUCAGAAAAGAAUAAAAAUAAAAUUGUUCCCGAAGCUACUACAGGAUCAGAAACAGAU